AUGAUUGAUAGUUACUCUGUUUACACUUCACUUUAUCUCUCUCUCAAACUUGUUUGGCACAUGGGUGCGGAAUCGUCUUUUAGCGUUACUGAGAGAAUUACUAGUACUAGUACUGCUAGUUCAAAAAGAGUUGGAUGGGAUACAAAGAAAGAUGAUAACAAGAUGUUGGAUCUUGUCUAUGGUCAAUGGGAUCUAAACUCUAGGUUUGUUGUCAUUGACAAACCAUCGGCAAUUCCAAUUCAAGAUCCAGAUAAUAGAAAAGAUACUGUAGAAUCUCGUAUCAAAAGAUUAUUAUUACAAAAUAUGAAUAUGAAUAAGAAUAAUAAUAAUAAUGUAUCUGCUGGUGCUGGUGCAGGUGCUGCAGCGGGUCAAGAUAUAAAGUUAUAUUUCCCACAUCGAAUAGACAAGUUUACAAGAGGUUUGUUGGUAGUUGCUUUUGAUCAAGUUACUGCUUCACAAUUAGGUCGUGCUAUUCAAAAUAAAGAAUGGAUUAAAAAGUAUAGAGUAAUGUGUGAAAUUCCACCAUGUUUGGUAAUGGAUGAAUUGGGUGAUAGCUAUGUAUCACAGUCAAGAGAAAAGUAUCAGUAUCGGUAUGGUGAGAGAUCAUAUCGUGUUAUUUGUGGAUCUGCAUCCAACGAGUUAAAGGGUACUGGUUUACUUAGAAAAUGUACUAAAUGUAAUGCACUUUGGAAAUGUCAAUGUAUCAAACCAACAACUCAAUCAUCAUCAUCAUCAUCAUCAUCAUCAUCGGUGUUAUUGGAACAAGGACAGGAUAUUAUUAAUCGAUUAAAAUCAAGAUUACUUUCAAAUGGUAUAUUGGAGAGUAAUAUUUAUUGUAGAAAUGAUUCUUCUUUUAAAACCAACAACAAUAAUCAAACAAAACAACAAUCUAAUAAUAAUAAUAAGAAUAAUAAGAAUAACAAGAAUAAUAAUAAUAAUAAUAAUAAUAGUCCAAGAUUAUUACCACCAUCAUGUCAAUAUUGUGUAGAUAGUUGUGAAUUUAAAACAAAGGAACAUCCAUUUAUUAGUAAACAUUUCCUUUACCAUAGUUCUCGGUAUAAUCCAACUGAUCAAUCUACUCUUGCUCAAACUAAAUUUGAAUUGGUUGAUGUAUUUAAGAGAAAACAACAACAACAUCAAUCACAACAACAACAAGACGAUAAAUACUAUGCAUUGUAUGAUAUACAAUUAUUAACAGGUAAAACACACCAAGUCAGAGUACACUUUUCAGAUGCUGGAUUCCCAAUAUACGACGAUCCCUAUUACAAUCAAUUUACUAUAAAGGAUCUAAACAACCGAUUAAUUAAUCAUAAAAAUAAGAAUAAGAAAUCAUCACAACCAAAUAAUAUCCAACAACAACAACCAACAAAUGAUAUUAUUGGUGAGGAUGAUAACAUUGAAGAAUUAUUCCAACAGAAACAACAACCUAAUAAUAAUAAUAAUGUUAUAAAACAAUCAAAAACAAUUAAUAGUAAAAAUAAUAAGAAUAAUAAUAAUAACAAUGUGAAUACGAGUAAUAAUGGUGAUAUAGUUGAUAAAGAUAGACAACAUAAUGUAUAUUUGUUAAUAUUUAAUCAAAUCACUUCAUCUUCAUCUUCAUCAACGGAUAAUUAUAAUAGUAGUACUAUUCAAUCUGGUCACUUUUCAAUUCUAGUUGACUUUUUUGGUGAGACUAUUGAUGAUUCUAGUCCUAUUGGAUUACAAAUGUUGAACCAAUCGAUCCUACUUGGCAAAGCACGAUAUCCAUCAUUCCAAGGUAAAAUCGAAAAGAUAUCUCAACUCUUUAUUUGGACACAUACAAGAUACUCUUUUGAUUUUGAAAACAUUUAUUGUAGAGGUACAACUACUUGGGGACCAAAAUCUAACUGUCAAUCAUAUGCUUUGUAUUUAUUAAAAGAUCUAAAUCUUUGUAAUUAUUGGCCAGACCAUAUUUCAAUCAUUAAUGACCCUUCUCCAUGGACAAUUGAUCUAUCCCCAUUCUUUAGAGAUUCAUUAUAUCCAUCCAUCCAUUAA